CAAUUACAACAGUCCAAUCACUUUGCCUCACAAAUUAUUCAUUCAUGGGUUUCUAAUGCUCUUAGGCAACAAAUUCAUCGUCAAAGCACUGCUGUAGCAGAGGAGCAAGUGGAUCCAUUUUCCCUUGUUGCAGAUGAGUUAUCCCUUGUGACAAACAGGCUGAGAUCAAUGGUAGUUGCUGAGGUCCCAAAGCUGGCUUCAACUACUGAGUAUUUCUUCAAAAUGGGAGUAGAAGGAAAGAGGUUUCGACCAACAAUUCUGUUAUUGAUGGCAACUGCAUUGAACGUACCAAUGGAUGUUGAUUCUUUGUCCAGAGAUUUGCGUACAAGGCAGCAGUGUAUAGCUGAGAUCACUGAGAUGUACCAUGUUGCCAGCCUACUUCAUGAUGAUGUACUGGAUGAUGCUGACACAAGACGCGCGAUAGGUUCUUUAAACUUUGUGAUGGGAAAUAAGCAAGCUGUACUAGCUGGAGACUUUCUACUUUCCCGAGCAUGUGUCGCACUUGCCUCUUUGAACAACACAGAGGUUGUAUCCCUUAUGGCAACUACUUUGGAACAGCUUGUUACUGGAGAGACAAUGCAGAUUACGACGUCUUCUGAUGAAUGCUGUCGCAUGGAGUAUUAUAUGCAGAAAACAUAUUACAAGACCGGAUCAUUGAUUUCAAAUAGCUGCCAAUCGACCGCACUACUUGCUGGGCAUACUGCUCAAGUCUCCAUGUUGGCUUUUGACUAUGGAAAAAAUUUGGGAUUGGCAUUUCAAUUAAUAGAUGAUGUUCUUGAUUUCACGGGCACAUCUGCAACCCUUGGCAAGGGUUCAUUGUCUGAUAUUCCUCAUGGGAUUAUAACUGCUCCAAUAUUGCAUGCCAUGGAGGAAUUUCCUCAACUGCAUACGCUGGUGGACCGAGGCUUUGAUGAUCCUGUCAAUGUGGAGAUCGCUCUCGACUACCUCGGGAAGAGCAGAGGGAUACAGAGAACAAGAGAACUUGCAAGAAAGCAUGCUAGCCUUGCCUCAGUGGCAAUUGACUUUCUCCCAGAGAGCGAUGACGAGAAAGUGCAGAGAUCAAGACGGGCGCUUGUAGAACUUACUCACAGAGUCAUCACAAGAACAAAAUAGGGGGAAUAAAGGGAAUCUUUCAGGUGCAGCCACACAUUUGAUUUGUGUACGAAAAUUUUAUUUUCAACAUCAAAUUAAGUCAAAUGCAGACUCAUUCAUGUUCCGAAAAGAGC